ACAACGCUCUCGAUCUUCACGUGUCUGUUUCUCUCUUCUCCUCCUCCUAUAUUUCUUUCUCUCCCUCCCUCGCGUCUGUUCUUCCUUCCUCCUUCCUUCCCCUGCUUCCCCCUUUGUUCUUCAUUUCCCUUCCCGUUUCCUGCCCCCUUUUUCCCUCUCUCCGUUUCGUUCCCGCCGGCGGCAAGCUAUUUCUUUCCCGACAGAGUUUCGGAAGAAGCCGUCUAUACUCGUUCCUAUCCGAACGACGCGCGCGGUUGGUUUCGAGGGCGAGAAGAGGUUUUACGAGGCGGGGCGACGGACUGAAAAGUAAUUGAAAAAAAAAUGGAGGGAAAGAAGCAGCAUCCGGGAUCGCAAUCGUCUUCAUCCUCUUCGUCGUUCACCUCCGAGCUGUUUGGCUCCAAGGAAUCCUCGUUAUCUUCUUCCUCUGGGAUUUUCGGUUCCAUAUUUGCGCCGUCCUCUAAGGUGCUGGGGAGGGAGUCGUUGCGCCCAGAGAGGAAGGAGGAUUCUUCUGCAAAACAUGGAGCACCAGAUUACAGUGCGAGAAGCCUUGAAGGUGAUAACCAGAACACAUCAUAUAGAGAUAUGAGCUCUAUAUAUGAAGACCAGAGAGUACAGCCAUGCCACCUCAGUUCUUCAAUCUAUUAUGGUGGUCAGGAUGUUUAUCAUCACCCGCAAAGUAAUCAGAGCACUAAUAUCAACUCAACUUUCAAGAAAGAUGGCACUGAAGAUGAUUCCGGGGGUGCUUCAAGAGGGAAUUGGUGGCAGGGUUCGCUCUAUUACUAGACUAGACCCUAUGCCUCCACUUUUCCAUAUGCUCACCUCAACUAGGUAUGUGGUUCACGAAAACGCCCCUUUUGGUUUGCUGGUCCAAAAAUAGUAGUGGAUUUCGAUCUUCCAACCCAAAAUCCAGAAAGGAAGAAACCUUUUUGGGUGACGAUCUUAAUACUCCCAGAAUUGCUUCCUAUGAGAUGGUGAGACUGACUUUAGGAGAUGGAUGGUGCUUUUGCAGGGUAUAUAGACAAGUUAGCUUUUAGCAACAUUAUCUACCCUUCCGUUUAUGUGGAGGUUAGGUAUGAUAGAAGUCAGCUUGCAGCGGACAGCUGGUUUUAUUGCUCUGCCCCAGCCAAAGAAACUAAUAUCAUAUACAUUAUUAUCAUAUAUAUGCGUUGAAGAAUGGACUUACAUAGAGAAUAUUGCUAAGUUCUUAUAUAAGGUCUUUUCUGGUUUUGCUUUAACUUUUCAUCCUUUUGCUGUAAAGGUUCUUGAGCAGGCACUGUGCCUGGUGCCAUUGCCUAGCAUCAUUAUUAUACUACUACAUAUUACUGUAAGCUAUAAAAGAACAGUUUGCUU